UAGGAUGGUUAUCGUGGUUGGAUUAGGAGGUGGCACUAACUCUGGGAAAACUACAAUUUGUAAGAAACUAGUGGAAAAUAUCCCCAAAUGUUUCGUCUUCAACCAAGACAAAUACUUCAAAACACUAGAGGAGGCAAAACUUGUGUUCCUUGAUUCUGAGGUGAAUUGGGAAACAUGUCCCGCACUGAAAAUGGACGAUCUUGUAGCUGAUGUUAAAGAAGAAAUGAAGAAAGAUCACAACGUGAUAGUUGUUGAAGGGCAUCUCGCCCUUAAUUUUGCUCCUCUAUUAGAACUGUAUGACGCGACUAUCUUCAUCACCUUAUCACAUGAUCUUGCACUCAAAAGGCGGCUAACUCGUUGUUACGAUCCACCAGAUGGUCCGGGAUAUUUUGAGAAUGUUGUGUGGCCCGCAUAUUUUCUAAUAUUGGAAGAAGUAAAGGGAAAUGAAAAGUUGGAACCUAAUUUCUUUGAUGCAGCAGAUCCUGAUGUUUGUUAUGAAGGUGUAGAGGGGGUUGUAAAGGAAUGUCUCUCUCAGAAGUGAUGUCUUGUUUUUUGCAUAUUUAGAUUAUAGUUGUAACUUUUAUAACUUUAUAACGUGAUAUUGUUUAUUUUAUGUGUAUGUGAUGAUAUUUU